GUCUCCUUCUCUCUUCCUUUCUCCUAUUGUGAUUUCUCUCUCUUUUUCUUCUUCUUCUUCAUUUAGUAGUUGGGUUUGGGGUCAGUGCUUCGUAUAUACAUAUAUACAAUAUAUGUAUAUAUCUCCCAGCUGAGAAAGAGUGGGAAGAAGAGAUCAUUUCAUCAAUUAAAAAUCAGAAGCUUUGAAUCAGGCACAGAAAUGGUGGAUCUCCAAACGGUGUGUUGCAUGUGCGGCGACGUGGGUUUCCCUGACAAGCUUUUUCGCUGCAACAAAUGCCGUCAUCGCUUCCAGCACUCGUACUGCAGCAACUAUUACAGCGAAUACGCUGAGCCUGUUCAAGUGUGUGAUUGGUGCCAAAGUGAAGGAAAAUUAAGCUCAAGACACGGCAGCUCUUCGAAGAAAUCGGUCACCGUAGGCGGCGAAUCCGGGGUAUCGAACCGAUCGGAGUACAGCGGCGACAAGAUCAAGCAACACGUGGACCGCGAAGAUGGCGGCGGCAGCGGCGAUCAGAAGGGAAAGAACCCCAGCGGAGCUCCAUCGCCAAGGCCCACCACGCGCAGGUACAAGCUUCUCAAGGAUGUCAUGUGUUAAAAUGGAUCAAGUAGCACUAGUGCUUGAGAAAAAAAAAAAAAAA